UCAACUGUCAAAUUCUCUUGCAGUUUUCCAAGAGGCGUACAUAUUUUACAUAUUCUCAGUUAAUAACUGCGAAUAAUCCGUGAAAAUGUUAGCUUUGAUCAAUCGUAUUCUUGAUUGGAUUAAAAGUUUGUUCUGGAAGGAAGAAAUGGAACUCACACUCGUCGGCCUCCAGUAUUCGGGGAAAACAACUUUUGUUAACGUCAUUGCCUCUGGGCAGUUCAGCGAAGACAUGAUACCUACUGUGGGAUUCAACAUGCGGAAAAUAACUAAAGGAAAUGUCACUAUUAAGGUUUGGGAUAUCGGUGGCCAGCCCAGAUUCCGCUCCAUGUGGGAGAGGUACUGCCGAGGUGUUAACGCUAUAGUAUACAUGGUAGACGCCGCGGACCAGGACAAGAUAGAAGCGUCGCGCAACGAGCUGCACAGCUUGCUGGAGAAGCAGCAGCUGACCGGCAUCCCGGUGCUGGUGCUCGGCAACAAGCGCGAUCUGCCCGACGCGCUCGACGAGCAUGGCCUCAUUGAGAGGAUGAAUCUGUCGGCCAUACAAGACCGCGAAAUCUGCUGUUAUUCUAUCUCGUGCAAAGAGAAGGACAACAUUGACAUCACGUUACAAUGGCUCAUCCAACACAGUAAGUCUGGCAGCGCGCGCUAACCGACCGAUUUGAGAAGACGCUCAUUUUUUAUCACCGGUAUGCGCUUCGACACCUCGCGUUUCUAUGGGAUUAUUUGCACAAUCUAGUGCUGGGUAGGCGUGAAGAUAAAAGAAAAAUGUUAACGAACUUUAUGGUAGGUAGAUAAUAGAUUUGACGGAUAAAAUGCUGUUUCGCUUGCUUGAAUUAUUGUUAUGAGUCGUGAUAUUAGUAAAAGCGGGUACUUUGCAAUUUAUAGCUGUAACAGAAAGGGAUGCAGGUAUACAAAAGAAAGAAAAGUAGUAAGUAUUUGUAAGGACUUCUCUUUUCAAUUAGAUACGUGCAUCACUUUCUGUUGCAGCGACGGAUUGCAAAGUGAGUAGGCGCCUCAAGUUCGCUACUAUAUGGAAAUUUCUCUCUUCGUACAAUUAACAAAUUGAUAUAUAAUCGAAAAGUCCUAAAAUAUUUAUUUUAGGACUUUUCAAUUUUCUUUAUCGAUUUUCAGCUAUUUAUCAAAAGUUAUUUUCAAAAUUUUUAGAAAAGAUCUUUUGAUAAAUAGCUGAUUGAAUUUGUUAUUAACUAAUAAUAAUUGGAUGCUGCUUUAAAAAAUUAAUGGAGAUCCCGUUUAGUUAUUAAAUACCCUUAGGCUAUGACUCAUUUGGGUAAUGGUUUCCGCAAACUGUCGUAAAUUUGAAUUCAGUUUACUGCUUUUCUAUCUGCGUCGAAAAUCUUAUACAACCAUUCAAAUAAAAUGUUAAUAAACGAUAUCCACUGCACGAAAUUGUACUUAACAUCCCAUAGAUAUGUAAGAUAAUGGUGUUUUAAGUGUACUGACUAGUUUUAGGUGCGAUUUAUACUAUACUGUUUAUACCAUGGUUAUUUUCUAUUUGUUUUCUAUGUCACAAAUGUUUGUAGCAAUUUUUGUGUCGUUAUUUCCAUAAGCUGAGGGCGAAGUGCGGGUAUGCAUUUCACUUCUCACUAUCGAAUCGUUCCGAAGUGAUACGCAGCGAUCCAAUCACAUUGCGGCGUGGUUGUCGUUGCGUCACAAUGGCGCAUUGUGAUUGGUUAGCUACGUCUCACUGCGAAGUGACUCGAUGGUGAGAUAUAACUAACAAAGUCGCACUACGCACACUGAUAAUAUAUUGAUGGGACUAUUUCGAGAAUUGCCGUGACACAAAGCUCUCUGCAAAUAAUCAAACAGUCACGUUAUAGCUUCGACAUGUCCUAUCAUGCGUAUGGGUAGUUAGGUCACGUACAAUGAUAUUUUAUCUUUAUUAGCCCUUUGCAAGCUCUAGGAUUGAUAAAUUGCAAAGAUAUUUGGCAAAUACUGCGGUGUGGGUGUAAACCCAUCUCUGGAUACAUAUUAUAAAAAGAAGUGCCUGUCGAGUCUGUGUAUAUGAACGCAAUAAACUCAAAAACUACCAGACGGAUUUUUGUACGAUUUUCACCAAUAGAUAGCGUGAUCCCUGACCGAGGUAGCGUGAUCCCUGACCGAGGCCGGGACCCGCUAGUCAUAUAUAUUUACAUCUAUAACUUCUUAGACAAAAGUUAUUUUCUAUACUGCAAUUUUUUUUGCCGAAUACAAGAUUAUAUCUUCAUUUACUUUUUGUUAUCCUCUCUCCGUUUUUCCGGUUUCUUCAGUGACCGUUGUUCCGUCAUUCAGCGCCUGAGCCCAGAGUCCCAGGGCUUUUUUCCCUUCCUAUAGGAAUUUCCAGGUUCAGGCAUCCUGAACCUGCAAAAUCUGCCGAUAGUAUAAAUCGAUCCUAACAAGUCACGUUUUCGUACACAAAGCUAGAUUGCAAAUCGUCUUAGUUGUCAAUACAAUUUUAUACUUAGAUACAUCUACAAUGCAUAUUUGGAUCAUAUAGGAAUAUGUGUACUUUUAUUCAAUAGUUGCAACAAUCUUACUUUGCUGCUCAAAUACACAUGCGAAUGAAAUUUAGAUUUGUUUUCUUAAAUUCCUAUGUAACAAUUUAUUUCUCUAAAUUACGUAUAUCGCGUUAUUUAAAAAAAAAUGUUUAUUUACUUCUAAUUUUAAAAUGUGUUGAUGGCGUGUGGCUAUGUGAAUGGAACUAAGGCGUAGUUUCUGCUAUAAGCGACGUGUGUGUGUGUCCUUUGACCAAUUCGUAAAAAAAUCCGCUAUAUGUACGAACUAAACUGUGCCUUAUAACACAGGCCUUGCUACAAGUUGAUCAAAUUUAAUGUUUACCAUACACUUAGAGCACGUAUGUUGUAUUUGUUAAGUUUAUUUUCUAAUAUUAUGGAGGAAAAUGUUUAGCAAGUGUUUAAACAUAGUUUGGUAGUAAUGGCAAAAAUGCUGACAUUGUUCUUUGAAUCAUUCAAGAUGCAUAUUUAUGUAUACAGGUUGUUACCGCGAACAUGUAAUUAUUAAAAUGUAUUUUCAGGGUUCUGUGCCCAAUGAGUAAAAAUAACCCUAUUACUAAGCUACGCUGUCCGUCUGUCACAAGGCAGUUAUUAAUAGACACGAUUCAUUCCAUUAUUAGACAAAGUGGUAGUGCGUUAAACGUUUUCUACUCUAUAUGGACAGACAUAUAGUAAUUGGCGCCUUUGGAUUUUAAUUGAUGAUGAUACCUUUUAGCAAAAAAAAAAUGUAUUAAUAUUUUUUUUUUCACUGAACAAAGGACUUUAAAGAUGACAUUGUUUGCCCUUAACACCAUGUAGCUAAUAAUUAACACGAACGCCACGGAAUAUAAGCAUUAUAAUGUUUCCGCAUUGGCGAAGUAUUGGAUAUCAAUUCUGCUAACAAUUCAAUGAUUUUUGAAUAGUCAAUUUUAUUGCGUGUCGCACUGAUACCAAACACAAUUUUGAUUUAGAUUCGUAACGAUUAAAAUAAUGUUUGAUUAACAGUUUUAAUGCCUAGUUCGGUUCGUAGCACGGCUUUUUAAUUUCAAUUCGAUUAUGGCUACGUUUUAUUCAACUUUAAAAAAUAUUAGUUAUAGGAAUAUGUCGAAACUACGCCUUUGCCUUUUAAAUGUAGACCUAUGUAGAGGUGUGAUGUUUUCCACUAUAAAAUAAAAUGGGAUGAUAGUAGUUCCAUAUAUAUGUAUAUAUAUACUUAUUGCAAGCAAUUUUUAUUCAACGCUAGCCUAUUUUUCAUACAAAUUACCAUUAAUGUACUUGUAUUUGUGGCGAAAUAAAGUUUUUUCUAAGGGAGACGUUUAAUUUUGCUGUGAAAAUUUGUUACACGUGUCCGAUAUAGUAUAGCAUGGCAGUGAGUAAUUCACACUGAGUCGCGAAACCAAAUUGUAAUUCGUAUGUUAAUUUCUAGUUAGUGGUGGAAUGUAAAAAAAAAAAAAGAACAAUGUAUAUGUGAUUAAAGAGCGUACGCUAUUUGUCGUUGAAUAGCUUGGUUAUGCACAGUCUUGGAUGUGGCAACAUUUUUUUUUGGUACCACCUUACACAUAGCUAUAUUUCCACGGCUCGAGCUAUGGAUCAAGUAGCUAUUUCUGCUUAAAAAAAUUUAAAAAUAAAUAUUGUAAUUGAAAUGUUAUGUGAAAAUGUUGCUACAUUCAAGCAUUAAUGAACAAAAUGUAGUAGCUGAAAGACAAAAUUAAAACGAUGUUUAACAUAUCAAUUUUCGGUCAUUUAUUCCAAUCUGUUAAACUUAAUUUAAUUUUUCAGCACCUAUAUUUUGUCUCGAUUACGUACUAACUAUAUUAAAAUAUUUAGAUUCCCUGAUAAAUUAGCGUUUAUUAUUAUACAUAAUAUAAUAAUUAUUAAUAUAAUUAUACCUAUCUCAUAUUGUUAGCUAAACUAAAUAAGAUAAUAAUACUGCGUGAGACUUAGUUUUCAUUUUUGUAAUAUGUAUACUUGCCGUCUCUUGAUUGUUUUAUUUAUAAUUUUAGUCAUGAAAAUUAGGUUCACGCAUUUGUCAACUGUGACAACUCAAAAAGUCACUAGGCGUGUACUAAAAGAAUCCGCUUCGAGUGCACAUUAAGAUGAUAUGUAAAAUAGUAUUGCCAACGCGUGGUGGUCCCAGUGUCUGUUUAGUGUUUACACCGAAACAACACAUAGAUAUCUCAAAACGCGUGGUUUCACGUUGUAUAUAUUUUAGUAAUGUAUAAAUAUUCAAAUUAAUUAUAUAAUAUUUAUCGCGUUUUAGAGAUAAUUAUCAUGAUAUAAGAAGUUAAGCUGAAGCAAAUCGACCACGCUGUGUAUUUAAUGCUGGUAGAUUAAUAAAAGUAAAUAUGUAAAAUUGUGGGUCACAAACUAGGUGGCCAUGUUUUUUUUUUUUAAUUUAUUCAUGUAUUGAAAAUAUUUGUUUUUUUUUUAAAUUAAAAUUUGUAACAGCAGCUUAUGGUCAUUGGCGAAGCGACGGUUUGCAAAAAUUGCAAAAUUGUAUAAGACUAAAAUUUUCAACAGAUUAUAAGAACUAGGCCGUCAUUACUACGCCAUGUGAAUUAUGAUACAGUGUAAUAAUUUGAGAUAUUUAUAUGUUGAAACGUGUACGUAUGACAAAGGGCGGCAGCCCCAAAAUAUAUUGAUAAUGGUCAACUAAAAUACUUAUUUAACUACUGAGUUAAAAUGUAAUUAUAAAAAAAAUAAAUUUAAUAUGCCGUAUUUUGCAUCAUUAAUCUUAUUCUCGUUUGGACACUAAAGAAAUGUUACCCAUUGUCAUACGUACAUACGUAUAUUUUAUGGUGCGUUCAUGGCUGUAAAAUAUUUAUCUUUUUUUUUUUAUAAAAACAAAAACGAUAUAGUUAAAAAUUG